UGUCAGUUUAAUCAAAUCGCCGCAAUUCAAAGCUUCUGCAACAAAAAUGGCGUCCACUAAAGCCCAAGGCAGAGUAGAUUCGCAUUUGCACGUGUGGGCAUCCCCUCAAGAGACUGCUGAUAAAUAUCCUUACUUUCCUGACCAAGAACCUACUUUGCCUGGGCAUUUGGAUAUCUUGCUCCAGUGUAUGGAAGAAGCAAGUGUUGAUGGUGCGCUCAUCGUCCAGCCAAUCAAUCACAAGUUUGAUCUUUCAUUGGUGACCAAUGUCCUAAAGAAACACCCCACAAAAUUUGUCGUUGUUGCCUUGCGAAUCCUGCAGAAAAUGGAACUGGGGUUAAACAGCUUGAAGAUCUCAUUUUGAAGCGAUUUCCCAUUUGUUGUUCCGGAAAGCGGCUACAAAGGAGCAAACGAAACAGUGAUUCAUAUCACCAGUCAGGCAUCUUUGUCAUCUUCUGAGGUAGAAUGGAUCGCGGGGAAGACAGCAAUGCAACUGUUUCAAGGCCAAUGGCUUCCUUAGGCAGGCAAGCAGCAGCCUUUACUCAUCUCUAGUAACGAGUCUUUUCUUUGCUUGACUAGUUAACCAGUUCGUCUGACGUACAAUUAGUCUAUUAUAUGUUUGAGUCACUGAAAUAAGGGAAUGCAAUACGAUUUAGUUGUAACUAUAAAAAAGAUUAGCCCACGUUCAAAAGCAUACAUGCCCGUAGAGCUU